ACACAUCGCCAGAUUAACGUCUUCUCUGGUUCACGAUUCUCUAACCAAACACCAAAACCCUAACCACUGCGUGCUCGCCGGAGAACGCAACGAUUCCGUCCAGAUGGAUGCAAUAAGAAAGCAGCUAGAUGUGCUAAUGGGAGCCAAUCGUAACGGAGACGUAACAGAAGUCAAUCGGAAGUACUACGAUCGUGAUGUCUGUCGUCUCUUCUUAGUCGGCCUUUGUCCGCACGAACUCUUUCAACUCACUAAAAUGGACAUGGGACCAUGCCCAAAGGUUCACUCGUUUCAGCUGAGGAAAGAAUACCAAGAAGCAAAGGCAAAAGGUGAAGACAAUUAUGAUAGGGAAUUGGAGGAUGUUAUAGACAGACUCAUUGUUGAAUGUGACAGAAAAAUUGCUAGAGCUCUUAAACGUCUUAGUGAGGAGGAUGCUAAAGCAGCUAUUGCUAUCUCUGUGUCAGAAGUUACACAGACGCCUGAGAUUCUUGAGUUGUCAAAGCAGAUAAAGGAGAAGCUGAAAGAAGCUGAUCAAUAUGACCUUGAAGGGAAAACAGAUAUGAAGAUUCGAGCCCUGGAGACGCUUGAAGAACUGAGAACUCAAAGAGCAGACAAACAGUCAAUGCUCUUAUUAGACGCAUUUAACAAAGAUCGAGCUUCCUUACCUUCACCUCUUCCAAACCCUCCAUCAUUGGCACCAUUGCCCGUGCCUACUCCCGAUGCUCGCACUCAAGAGUUGAUUAACGAGAAGCUGAAAAAAGCAGAAGAUCUUGGGGAGCAAGGAAUGUUGGAUGAAGCACAAAAAGCACUUGAAGAGGCUGAAGCGCUAAAAAAGCUUUCAAUGCACUUGCCUCCUCGUGUGGAACCUGUUACAGACUCUUCCAAGUAUACUGCUGCAGAUGUGCGAGUUACUGAUCAGAAGUUACGUGUCUGCGACAUAUGUGGAGCCUUUUUAAGUGUAUACGACAGUGACCGCCGCUUAGCGGAUCAUUUUGGAGGAAAGCUUCAUCUUGGCUAUAUGCAAAUUCGUGAGAAGUUAGCUGAUCUUCUGGAAGAGAGAACCAAUAAAAGGAAGGUCCCGGAAGAUGACAGAAGAUCAAAAGAACGAAGCAAGGAUCUUGAACGAGAGGGCAGCAGAGAUCGUGACCGAGCCGGUAGCCGUGACCGUGACCGUACACGUGAUAGUGACCGUAGGAGUCGAGAUCGUGAUAGGCAUCAUGACCGUGGUCGUGGUUAUGACCGCUAUGACCGUGAUAGAGAAAGAGACCGUGAUUCAAGGAGCCGUCAUAGAUCACGCUCACGGUCUAGGGACCGUGUCAGGGAUUAUGAUCGACCAAGGCGUUAUGACCGGUACUAGCAAUGAAGCUGGUGAAAGAGAAGGUUUUCUUUUCAUGUUCUUGCACAUUUUUUUGGGUCGGUUCAUGGAGUCUUAACGUCAGAUUUACUAGUGGGUCUAAUUGGUGCUAGAACAGACUUAUCUUCUUUGUAUUUGUUAUCAUUUUGGGGUUUUCUUGAUGUUUGCUAGAAAGGAAUUCAUGCGGAUGUUAUUGAUGUGUUUAAGCCAAUUUAUGUAGAUUUCAUAAUGGAAAACAACCAUUGUUAUUGACUAAA